AUGGUGGUAUCAGCUUAUUUUAUGCAAAUUAUGACAUCUAGUACUAUGAUUCUAAGCGGAAAAACUGAGUGGCUUGCAGCAAAUUCUGUAAUAAACUCGUUUGGUUUAAUUUUAUUAAUUGCUUUAAUUGUAGUUUUUUAUACUCUGACUGGCAAAGGAAGAAAGCCAAUUUAUGACGAAGAAGUAGAAGAAAAGACAGUGAUUAAAAUUGAUCCAAAACUAUAUCAGCAUCCAAUUGAUGUUUUAAUUCUAAAUUUAGAUAAUAGUGUAUAA